CGCAAUCUCAAUACCACACCAACAGUGUUCCACACACACCCACAAGAAAAAAAAAAAGACAAAAAAGAAAUGACGUCCCACCGCGCAGAUGCAAGCACCCUCCUCGACAACCGCGGCUACGCCGGCCCCCUAAUCCGCGGCGUGAACCCAGCCACCCUCUUCGAAAAAGCCGUCCGCGACCGCAUCACAGAUUCCUAUUACUGGAAGGAACAAUGCUUCGGGUUAAAUGCAGCGACGCUGUGCGAUCGUGCCGUCGAACUCACCUACAUUGGCGGCACGUACGGGGUGUCGGAGAAGCCGUCGCCGUUUCUCUGUCUUGCGUUUAAGAUGUUGCAGCUUGGGCCGGAACGGGAUAUUGUGCUUGAGUAUUUGAAUUUUACCGAUCAUGAUCUGCAUUCUGGGGGUGAUGACGACGAUGGGGAUGGGGGAGAGGAUGAUAAUGUCGUCAAGACAAAAGGCGACUUCAAAUACCUCCGCGCCCUGGCCGCGUUCUACGUACGCUUAACCUUUGACCCGGCGGACGUGUACAAAACGCUAGAACCAUUGUUGCUUGACUACCGGAAGCUGAAACGACGGUUACGCGAUUCGUUUACGCUGACGCAUAUGGAUCAGUUCGUGGAUGAUUUGCUCACGAAGGAUCGGGUUUGCGGGACAAGUUUGUGGAAGUUGCCACCGCGGCAGUUGCUGGAGGAUUUGGAUCUGUUGGAGGAACGGGUUAGUCCGUUGGCUGCCGAGUUGGAGGAGCUUGAUGAGGAGCGGGAGGAGGAGAAUGAGAAGGCUGGAAGUCAACGUGCGGAAGACGAGGAUUGAGUUUGGUCGGACCUCGUGCAGCGUUUAUAAGGCAUUCUUUCAUUUUGCCUCGCUUUUAAAAAAGGGAGACUGUUGCACUUCUCUGGACUACGGUUUACGAGAGAAAUGCUAUCUUCUAUUAAGCGGAUGGAGAUUGCCACCCCCCUUUCGAAAGGCAGAUGCGCGGUCCUGGCUUGACGUCCUCGUGAUGAACGCUCUAGACUACAGAUGCUGAGAGCUUAGCCGGUCGAAGCUGAAAAGAACUGUGAGAUGGGCUCUAAGAUGCCUGAGUGGUCACGUCUACGAGGGUUCAAAGCUCCAUGGUCGUUCCGGAGACGUACGAAGGCACGAGCACAACAUGGGACGCUUCAGCUAAAGAAAGACAAGGUUAUCCAGACCUUGGAACUCAGUUCUAACUAAGCUCUAACCAUUUAAGACCAUCCAGUUCGUUAGAAUUGAGAAUCGAAUACAAAAGUCCGCAUACAAUGCUGGACACCCCCAA